UUUUACAGUUACAUAGAAUACUGCCACUACAGCUGUGGCCGCGGAGCAAGGAUGGCGCGUUGGAUCAUCAUUUUUCUAUGCGCGUGCGUCGCCGGUUGUUUAGCAGAAGAUCCAGUAUGCAGCGACAAUGAGAUCCUAGACAACUGCCCUGUGGACUGCGCAGACGACUAUUGUCCGUCGAGCGAAGCACAAGCGCUGCAGGCGUGUCCCCCCAGUCCCAAGCCCUGUAACCCACCAGCCUGCAAAUGCGGCUUCAACUACCGCUAUGCCAGUGUCAAGAACAAGACUUGCAUCCCUACUAGAGAAUGCCGACCCUUCAAAUGCAGCCGUCCUAACGAAGAAUUCAACCCGUGCCCGCCAUAUUGUCCAACGGACAGCUGUGACGAGGCUACCCCUGACGGUAGAUGCCCGCGGCCAGGCCGCAUCCUUAUCGUACUGCAGUGCACACCAAGGUGCCGUUGCAUCGAUAACUACUGGAGACAAGAUGGUGUUUGCAUACCCUAUGCGGAAUGUCCCCAAAACAAGAACUCCACAUCUGACUACCCUGACUACGACGAAGCAUCAGAGUACUUGACGUCUUUCGCAACAGCUUCUGCGUCAGCUGUCGCAUUUUCCAACGAUUCUCCAAACGCAUCAGCGGCUGCAUCAGCUGUCGCUUCAACUGACCCGUCAGGUGGUGCGUCUGCUGGUGCAUCUAGCGCCGCUUCUGGUGGAUCUAGCGUUGCUACCGCUAGCGCUGCAGUAAAACAUGGUAAAAAAGCACCAACCUGCAGCGGACCUAACGAAGAGUACGUCUUGGAGAAGAAGUCCUGUCCCACUGAGCUCUGUUCUUCCAUGGUGGAACGCAGAGACUGCAGAAACGCGCCUCCUCCUCAACCAGGAUGCGCUUGCAAGUCGGGAUUCCUCCGAGUCAACAAAACUUCACACUGUGUACCCAUAUGCAAAUGCCCCCAGAUGCUACAUUCCCCUGAUUGCUUAUCGAACCGACCUAUGGAAUGUGAUCAUUUGGAGAACAGUCACGGAAGAAGCAUGGCGCUUUGGCUGGUAAUUUUGCUCUGCGCGUUCAUCGGUUGCCUGGCUGAUGAUCCUGUAUGCAGCAAUAUUGAAUACCUAGACAAGUGUCCUGUGGACUGCGCUAAGGACUAUUGUCCAACGAGCGAAGAAGAAUCCAAGCAGGGCUGUCCACCCAGCCCCGACCCCUGCCCCGCGCCCGUCUGCAAGUGCGGCUUCAACCACCGCUACGCCAGCCGCGACAAUAAGACUUGCAUUCCUACUAGAAAUUGCCCUCCCUUUGAAUGCAACCGACCCUUCGAAGAAUACGCUUCGUGUCCCCCUAUGUGCCCAAACGGCAGCUGCCAACAGGCGACCCCUGACGGGAAAUGCCCUCCGCUGCUGGGUAGAAUCGGCAUCAUACUGAUAUGCAACCCACAGUGCCGCUGCAUCAAAAACUACUGGAGACAGGAUGGUGUUUGCAUACCUUAUGCCGAAUGUCCUCAAAACAAAAAUACAACGCCAGCAACUUCAGCGGCAGAAGACCAAGCAAAUUCAGAAGACCCACAAAACCCAGUAGACUCAGAAAACCCACAAAACCCAGGAGACUCAGAAAACCCUGAAAACUCAGAAGACCAAAACUGUAGUGGAGAGCAAGAUGACACCAAUUCCGUGACUGCUACUUUAUAUCUAGUGCUUAAUUCAAGGGUAAAUUACCUGCAACGUCCAUCGACAGUAAGUAUUUAUACAAUACAUUGUGCGUUUUUUCCGCAUACCGGCACAGAGCACUGGCCAGUCAACAUGCGUACUUUUUUCGUGAUCUCCUGUCUAAUCGUGGUGUGUUCAGCACAGACUGAUAAAUUACAAUGUGGGACCCACGAAGUGGAGGCGUGCGUCAAAGACUGUCCACCGGAGAGGACUUGCAGGAACCGGGGCAUUAAGUUCAACUGCUUAAAUGACGAUAGCCCGUGCACUCCCAAAUGCAUCUGUGCCAAGGGAUUCUAUAGGAAUGCUAUUGGAACCUGCAUUACUGGGGAGGAAUGUGACAAAUGCCAAGGCAAGAACGAGUUUUAUGCCUGCGACAGCGCAUGCGACAAUGUCUGCGCCGACAUCGCCACCCAGAAUCGGACCAAAUGCCCCAUACUGAACAUCAAGUGCAACGAAUGGUGCUACUGCGAUGAUGGGUACGCGAGAGACGCAAACGGAAACUGCGUGCCUGUUAGUGAAUGUCCGAAGCCAGCUGCCACUUCUGGAAGAUACGCUAGAGCAGGUCCCAGGUGUGGGCCCAACGAACACUUCACAUGUCGGCUUCCCUGUCCUCCCGAGACUUGCAUCUCAUUGGUUGCGAAAUUCCGGUGUGACGGCCAGCAGAAAUGUAGACCUCAGUGUGCCUGCAAGUCUGGCUUCUUGAGAAAGGAGGAAGGGUCGCCCUGUGUGCCGAUCUGCGAAUGCCCCGAGAUGGCCAGCUCUGCAGAUUGCCAAAGAUCAUGCCCACAAUGCUCUGACCCAAAUGAAGUUCACACGUGUGCAAAGAGCUGUCCUCCAGAGACCUGUAUGUCUCUCGUGGCAAAAUUCAAAUGCGACGGCAACGAAGUCUGUCAAGAACGCUGCACCUGCAAACCAGGUUAUUUGAGGCUCGAACCAGGAUCACCCUGUAUACCGCAGUGUGAAUGCCCUGAGUUGGCAAACUCGCCCGAUUGUUAAAACUUAAAACCAUGAGCUGAAAUACAAAAUAAAUGAUUUGAAACAGUU